AUUUAGUGUGUUCUAUAUGUGUUUUUUGAAGUGAAAGGUUGUUUUUGUAUAGAUUUAUCUCAAUAAAUAAUAUAAAUAUCAACCCAAGGUUAUUAUUAAGAGUAUUUUGAUUUUUUAUUCAUAUUCUUAUUAAUUAACCCGUCUCAGGAUGAAAUUUUGUAUAAUAUCUAUUAUAUUCCUGAUUGGAUAUAUAAUUGAAAUUAAUGCACAAUAUGAUAGUCCAGUACCACCACGGCCUGCAAUAAUUCCAGGAGCAAUUCCAGCUCGACCACUUCAAAUACCUGGUGCUGUACCAGUUCGAGGUGGACCAAGACAAGGGCGGCUGUUACAAGCCAGAAGACCAGCUCCUGGAUUCUAUCGUGCAAGCCCAACUCCAAAUUUACCUCCACAACCAUCAUACAGUACACCAAUAGCCAGCAAACCGGUAACUGAAGAACCAGAAGAAGAUAAUUCAUCACCUUAUCAAAACAAUGAAGAACAAAACUUUGAUGAACAGCUUGCACAAAAACAGGCACUUUUAGCUCAAUUGAAUGAAGAUUUCACUCCAUCAUUCUUAAAUACCAGCCCACAAACAUCACCAUCUCCUGUACAAUUCAGACCUGAACCUAAAGUGGUUCAACAAGUUCGGCCACAACAAGUUCGUAUUUCUCAACCAAUUCAGAGAAACGAUCCACCACAACCUCGUCAAUAUCAACAACAAGCCCAACCUCAAUACCAACAACAACAGCAACAAGUUAGUCAAAGAUCAAGACCAGCACCAAGACCUGCACCUCAACAAAUACAAACUCCACGAGAAUAUCAACAUCAAGGAAAUGAACGUCGUGAGAAGAAACCUGUAGCUCAAAUCCUUAGAAAAUACCAAGAAGAAAAUGAAGAUGGAAGCAUUACAUGGGGAUAUGAAAAUGAUGAUGGAUCUUUCAAGGAAGAAACCAUUGGAAUUGAUUGCAUAACACGUGGUAAAUAUGGAUAUGUAGAUCCAGAUGGUGUACGACGAGAAUAUAAUUAUGAAACAGGACAUGCAUGUGAUCCUGUAGAAGAAGAACCUGAACAACCACAAGUGCCACAACAACAACAACCUAAAAGACCUAGAUACUAAUUUUUAUUUAAUUUUUAAACAAACAAACAAAUUCGUUUUUAAGACUUAUUUUUAAAUAUUUAUACUAACAUCAAAACCAAACAAAUGACUUAAUUGCGUUUUCACACAUGAUGGAAAUAUCUGAACUCAGUGAGGAAUUUAAGAGACUGAGUACUCGGAACAAAGGAGCCCCAAGUGCUUUUACGAAAACUAAAAAAAAAAGCAGAAAUCUUUAAACUAUAGUUUCAGGCCCCUAGAGAAAUUUUGCCCACUGGGCCCAUUGCCUUAAAUCAAUCACAGUCUGGUGCAAAAGACCUAAAAUCUAAGUUAACACAUUUUAGUAUAUUCAGGGUCAAUUUUUUUUUGCAUUUUUGGGAAAUUUUUAUCAAAAAGGUAAAAAGAAACAAAGCGUCGAAACAUGUCACUUAAUAAAGCUUUAUGAUGAUAAAAGCCGAUUAAUUGGUAGAUGCCAAAAUAAUUUUGAAUUUUUCAAAAGUUGUUUUCGGUUUAACCAGAGGGUGUGAAAACGAUUUUUUUUUAGUAUGUUCGAAAUAGUUGCCGGAUACAAGUAACUUAAAAUAUUUUGUAAUUAAAUUUUUUUUAGAUAACUUAUUGUUAAUUCUGUACUGAUAAAAGAAUUUUUGUAUAUGA